AUGGAACAUGGGCAAGAGCAAGCGUAUCGCGGCGGCGAGCUCACGAGAAGCGGGCGUACAACACCGGUCCUGGCCUCCUGGGGCACCCGGUCCCGGACUCAUCCAGCGCCGGUAAUCGAGACGGAUUACUCGCGUGCCCGGGAAUUACGGAGAUCGGGAUCGAAGGAAUCGAUUCGAUCUCGACAACCCAAGCGUUUGCAAGCAAUCAACGAAUCGAAGAUUUGGUCAGAGAACGGCGGAAGGAAUCGAAGGAAACUGAUACCAGAUAGGCGCCAUGAAUCCAGACUCCAAGCUCCUGCUGGACGAGAUGCAUCAUCUCUUCAACGAGCAGAAGACCCAGUCAAGGACCGGUUCGCUGAGGCGGAUCGGAAGCUGGACUCGCGCUUCACCGACAGCAGCCGUCUCCUGGAGAAGCGGUUUACGGAGGUCGAUGACUCCGUCACCAAGCGCCUCGUCGACGUCGACGACUCCCUCAACAAGUGCCUGACCGAGGUCGACGACUCCAUCACCAAGCGCAUUGCCGACUCCGACCUCUCCUGGGAACGCCGCAUCACUGACUCCGAGCUGCGCCAGAACAACCUCAUCGCCGAAGCGGAGCGCCGUCAAGACGACCGCCUCGCUGGCGUCGUGAAGGCGGCGGGCGCACUGGAGAGCUGGCACCAGGAAUCUGAAGGCGAUGUGGAUGAUCUCAAGCUGAAGGUGGACAAACUCACCAAAUAUUGGGAUCGAUCAUUCCUCGACAACGCUACGGCGUCGACAGGGUUGAUCUCCCCACCACCUUCGGCGUUGGAGCAGACCGCCGCGCGUCCUUCUGCGGGUAUCACGGCUGCUCGGCCCAGCGGGCACCACUACGAAUCGACUACACGGGUGGAUGGUAUUGGGGAAAAUUCUUCCCAAUCCCAUUCCCCGCCAAUGGAAGAGGUGGCAACUUCGGAACAGAGAGCUGAAAACAGCAAGAUGGGGUUCAGACAACAUGCCAAGCCGGCUUUGCCUUGGCAACGGCCACCGGCAGCUGAUGGGGCACCAGGAGACAAGCCACAAGCAAAAGGGCCGGAUGAUAAGCUCUCCACCCUUCGCAACUAUCGUCGAGCCCGUGGUCUCUGUGAAGUUUGUGCUGAAAAGUGGGCUAUGCAAGAAGUGUUUGAUCUGCUUACCAUGGAGCAAUCCACUGAAGAAUUGGAGGAAUCUUUCGAACAGUUGCUUCUAGCUAUAUCUCAUGAUGCCAGAAUGGGCUCCAAUGGUCACCGCACUAUCCGCUUUCACGGUACCAUUCAUGGUCUUCCUAUUGUUGUUCUGGUGGAUUCCGGUAGCUCAUCAUCCUUUUUGGCUGCUUCUAUUGCUGACCAACUUCCUCAGUUAGCCCGUGUGCCAGCACAAGCUUCGGUCAAAAUUGCAAAUGGGCAGAUUUUGUGCUGUACUUCAUCUAUUGUCGGCUGUGAAUUCUCUGUGCAGGGUCACACCUUCCAGCAUGAUCUGAGAAUCCUGCAGCUGAAUUCGUAUGAUUUGAUUUUGGGUAUGGACUGGCUUGAGAUUUAUAGCCCAAUGGAAAUUCACUGGAAGGCCAAAUGGAUUUCGUUACCUUCUGAUGGGGAUGAUGGGGAUCAGCUGGUGCUUCAUGGCAUUCCUUCCUCUGAAACUGCCGAGAUGAUUUUUAAGUUGCUGUCUGUCGAAGUUCAGUCAAAUGUUAAACAGUCAGUUGCCUUUCCUUCAGACAUUCAGCAGAUUCUAGAUGCAUUCCCAACAGUGUUCACAGUGCCGGAUUCUUUACCACCCAAGCGUGCUUGUGACCAUGCCAUACCUCUUGUCAGUGGGGCUACUCCAGUCAACAUUCGAGCAUAUCGAUAUCCACCUCAGUUGAAAGAUGAAAUUGAAACUCAGUUGGCUGAGUUUGUUAUUUACACAGAUCAGAAAGCACUCAUUCACCUAAAUGAUCAGCGCCUUCACACUGUUUGGCAACAGCGGGUUUUCACUAAAUUGUUGGGGUUGCAAUACCGCAUCGUCUAUAAGAAAGGAUGCGAUAACAGUGCAGCCGAUUCUUUAUCUCGCCGAGUUCACCCAGAAGAGAUUUGUUGUGCCGUUUCAGUAGUCAGUCCACAAUGGUGUACUGACAUCAUCUCGGGCUAUCAGCGUGACCAUCAUUCAUCUACCAUGCUUGCCAAGUUGGCAACUGAUCCUGCAGCAGUCCCACAUUUCACCAUUGACCAUGGCCUACUGAAGUUCAAGAAUCGCAUCUGGGUUGGAACCAAUACUGCUCUGCAACAACAGUUGAUUGAAGCAUUGCACAGUUCACCUUUUGGUGGGCAUUCUGGUAUUCCGGCGACGCUCAAGCGUAUUCAACAUUUAUUCGCCUGGCCGGGCAUGAAGAAGCAUAUCACCGAAUUUAUUAAGAGCUGCCCCGCUUGCCAGCAAGCCAAGCCCGAGCGUGUGAAGUAUCCAGUUGACACUCUUGAUGAUUGGUUUCAGCAGAAGUCGGUUACGGCCAACCAGAAGCUUGCUUACAGAUUUUUUGGUCCUUACCUGAUCAUUGACAAAAUUGGCUCUGUUUCUUACAAGCUGAAGCUUCCAGAAUCGUCUUCCAUACACCCGGUGUUUCAUGUAUCGCAGUUGAAGCUGGCGGCGCCUGUUACUCACACUGUUCAACCACUGCCUUCUUCUUUCGAUGGACUGCACCUGAACAAGUGUUGCAGAAGCGCGUCGCCAAGGUGGGCACGGCGGUGCGCCUUCAAGCUCUCAUCAAGUGGUCCGGGUUGCCCUCUUCUCUGGCCACCUGGGAAGACAUGGAGACCCUGCUCCAGAGAUUUCCUCGAGCACCAACUUGGGGGCAAGCUGGUUCUUAUCGGGGAGGGGAUGUCAGCGGCCAUGUAUCUGCAGCAGCUGAGCAAGGAGUGGACGACGCCGGCCAAGCUGAUAUGGGCCGCGUCGAGGAGAGCGAGACCGCAGGCCCAUCACGCGCGUCCAUGGGCCGCAGUGGGCGUGACCGGCACCAGCUGGCGAGAGAGAGAACCGUAG